AAAUUUUAUGAAAUCUGUGGAACUCUUAAUACACAUUAGUUAGUUUCUCGAUACAUGUUAAACUUACGUUUCAACUUACAGCUUUCUGGAAAUGUAUUGAUCAUCUUGUAAAUUUUCCAGAAAUAUCAAUACAGUUAGGAUGCAGUAUAUUUAAUUUUAAGAAAGAAACUAUAUUAUUGGCUCCUUCUUUUAUCUACAAACUUCUUUGCUAUUCUUUCAAGACUAAUAAACUCUCAAUGAAUACAAUGAAAACCCAAUUAUUGAUCAAUUGACUGAUAAAAAUCCAAAAUUAUUAAACCGAGUCAAAGACGAGAAAUAAUCUAACUUCUACUGUGAGAUAGAAAAUGUUUGAAAACGUGUGUAACGGUGUAACAAGUUUAAAAGACACUGUUCAACAGCAUGGCACCGCUGUACACGAUGUUUCGAUCCUCCUCGGAUCUCAAACACAAUGAACCUCCCCCUCUUCAACCACUGUCACGCGCAAUCGUCCAACCGGUCGAUCCAUCGAUCGACCGAAUGUUAACUGUGCAUCAUUCAACAAAAAAAAAAAAAAAAAAAAAAAAAAAAAAAAAAACAACCCAAAAAAUUAAAAAAAAAAAAAAAAAAAAAAAGAAAAGAAACAACUCAAAAAUUUAAAAAAAAAGAAAAAAACAACGUGAAAUCAACCGGGCCAAAUCCCAAUUUUCGCGCAUUUCAGAUAUACCAAUGCACAUGUUAUAGCAGAUCUAUCGACGCCGAGCAAUCUCGAUGACAUUUAUACAUUUUUCGAUGAGUUUAGGCCAUCUCCAGAGUUGCCUGCCUGCCGCUGAACCUCUUUAGAAAACAAACAAACAAAAAAAAAGAAAAAAAAAAAGAAGAAAUAUUUUGUUUGCAAAAGUUAAGAAAUUCGCUGUAAUUAGACCGCUGCUCUAUGUGAUAUUUCUGCUUUCUGUAGAGUUUCUUUGAACCGUUCUCUCACUGUUCACCAAGUAAUGUAAUCUCGCUUUUGUUUUGUGCGCCUUGUUCCAGCCGGAAAUGCGAUCAGCCGCGGCCAAUACUCGCGAUUAGGCCCAGCUUGUUCAGGCCCGCUUUCUAUAUCGAAACUCGAGGCCCGCUAAGUGGAUGACUUGGCUUUUAAAUUAGCGGAGAAAAUGAUGCAUGUUUUUUGUAAGACUCGAUCAUAUCCGCAAGUGCUUUACUCAGAAGGAUGGAAUCUUUGUAUUGGAAGAAUUCAAUCCUAAAACUAGACAAGUAAUUCAACGUAAAUAUAAGUCUCAAAUGGCAGAUCAAAUCUGCUACUCGGUCCUCUGUGUGUUCUCUUACUUGGCCGCUGGGUUGGAGCAAACGAAGCAACAACAGCAGCCACAACACCAAUCCCAACCGCAGCUACAGCUACAGCUACAGCAACAGCAGUUGCAACAAGCACAACGUCAACAAUCUCAAUCACAGCAACAAUCCCAAUCACAACAACGUCAGCAAGCACAGCAGCAACGUCAACAGUACCAACAACACCAGCCUAACCAGCAACGUGCACCGUUGCACCAGCAGCAGCAACAGCAGCAACAACGUCAACAGCAACAGCCUCAAGGCCAACAUCAUUCAGGUAGCAACGUCGGCCAACCUAACCAAGGCCAUAGAAACACGCAUCCCGAUUCUCUUCCUAGGCACUGACACAGAGGCAGACACUCGCUCCCAUUUGUGCAUAAUUACAAUAAGUGUGCCCCCUACGCUUGCCUACCUUGGGUGUGAACGCUCGUUUCACUAAUUCGAAUCCAUUUGCAUCCAUCGUCAAGGUGGUAAUUUAUAUAUAACAAAUAUGUACGCGUGUGCAUUCCUUUCGAAUGGAAGUGGAUGAAGAUGAGAAGAUGAUAGGAAUUUUUUUCUUUUUUUUUCUUUUUAGACAAAUAUUAGCACUGAAAAUGAUAAUGGUACUGAUAUUGGUACUAAUUGGCUGAUUCUGACGAAGCUUGAAACAGAGAAUAGAAUUGACAUAUUGUGAAUGACACUCGAGAACUUUGGCUGAAGUUCUGCUGAGAGUACGUAGUAAAUUUGAACUUUGUCGGAAAUUGACGAUUUUGAUUCAAAAAGGAGAUAGUCACUGGGACAAUCACAGUGAGUUAAUUUUGCCACCAGGGACUAAUAAAUUAAACGAUUUUUAAAAAGAAGAGAGAUUCGUUAGAACGAAUUUUAAUCUGUUUCAAAAUUACAUAUUUACUAUCCAAUGACGAGCGAUUCGUGAAAUUCUCUUUAUUUUUAUCCUCUGAAAUCCACAAAUCUCAAAUUCACACACUUCCAUGAUACAAUGGCCGAAAGGAACACUGUACGUUUUACUGUACGCGUUUUUUCGGAUGCAAACGGGAUCGAAACGAGCAGAGAAAUCUAAUCUAAAACGAAUCUAAAUCCAAAGUAUCUUAAAUUUCAAAAUCCUCCAAAAAAAAUAUCCGUUUCCUAUUCGACUUUGAUCUCCGACUAUUAAAGACACAAUUGGUAGUCGUUGCACGCGGUAUAUUAUCAUCCUCCGAUCAUUCUGUGAGAGUCAGUUCUAAGUUUCCUCUGAAACGUGGAAAACCUGUUUCGCAUUCUAUUCGAGAAAAGCAUUCGAUGGAAUCGAACGAGGGUAUUUUGAGAAUGGAAUAAGACUGGAGGGUUGAAACGACGAACACGUUGACUCUAAUGUAUAGAAUCAUCAUUUCCUCUGAUGUCGAGAAUUAUUUUCGAAAUGAAAUAUAACGCAAUACACGCGAAAUCAGAGAGAAGUUUAAAUUUUAUUAGUUAACGAAUUUGUUUAACUUCUUAUUUCGCAAACUGAGACUCACCGUUUCUUUAAUUUCAGCUUAGAAUAUUGUGGGUACGUACACGUACAUUUUAAGAAUAUUUCUGAAAAUAUUGAAGAUUUGGCAUCUUUGAAUUACAAUUUCAAGAGCGCGCAACGAAUUGAUAAAAUAUCAUAGAAAUACAACUGAGUGAACGUAUUCAUCGUGAAUCAAUUGAGCAAAACAAACGUGGAAAAGAAAUUGGCUGAAUAAUUCGACACACAGUCGUGGUAAUUAUUUGCAAAACGGGAGCCGUUGGGUGUUAAAAAUGAUUUGCAAAAUCACUAUCUCAACAGUCCCCGGUCGAGGGACUUGAAAUUGUUAUCGAUGGACGAUGAUAAUAAUGAAAAUAACAGUGGCUAUUGUACAUUCGCAAGCACGGCAUUCGAGUGGUAUUUAAACGAACGAGAUGAAAUAAAAAAUAAAAAAAAAUUGUACCGAGUGAAUUCAACGUUCUUCGACUCACAUUAUUAUUACGAAUCGCGAAGAUAGAUCUAAAGGGAUAAGAAAUAUGUCUCUCUGGCAGUUUCAUUCUUUGAUAUGUCCGUCGUGUGCACGUGUAGAGACAUGAAGUAAUAAAGCUUGCUAUAGUUGCUGGAGGAAGUAUAACGAGAUG